AUGUCUGGAGCUCCAACACCAUACAUUGGAAGUAAAAUAAGCUUAGUAUCCAAGUUAGAUAUUCGUUAUGAAGGCAUAUUGUACACCGUUGAUACUAAUGAAAGUACAAUUGCUUUAUCCAAAGUAAGAUCAUUUGGUACUGAGGAUAGACCAACAUCAAAUCCUGUUCCUGCUAAAGAUGAGGUUUAUGAAUACAUUAUUUUUAAAGCUUCGGAUAUUAAGGAUUUAAUUGUUUGCGAAACUCCAAAGCCUGUUCAAACUGUCGGAGGCCUCUAUGACCCAGCUAUUCUUCAUAUUUCUAAGGAGGCUGCUCCUUCUCAAACAAAUCAAUCUCCAAAGGUUGCAAAUAAUGAAUCUAGUGGAGAAAAAAGUAAAAAGUCUACCAAAGAGACUGACGCUGGUAAGGGUGACAAAAAUAAGUCUGUCAAAAAAGAAUCAUCUAAACCUCCACAUCGUGAAAGUAGUGGAAAGCAAAGUCAUGGUGGAAAUAGAGGUUUUGGAUCGAGAGGAAAUUAUCGUGGUGGAUCUCGAGGAGGUCGUUUUAGUCACCGUGAAAAAUUAAAGUUUGAUUCUGAUUAUGACUUUGAAAAAGCAAACGAACAAUUUAAAGAAACUUUAAGCCAUCUUACUAAUGAUCUCGGUAAGACAACUAUUCAUGAUGGUGAAAGACAAGAGGAAUCAGAGAAUGGGUCAAAUAUAGCUUUGUCUGAUAGCAAAGCUGGAUCUGAGGAAAAUGCUAACAAAGAACCAUGUUAUGAUAAACAAAGUUCUUUCUUUGAUUCAAUUUCUUGUGAUGCACUGGAAAAACUCAAAGGACAAAAUUGUCGUCCUGAUUGGAGAAAGGAACGUAUGACGAAUCAGGAAACUUUUGGUCACACGGCUGUUCGUGCUCUUAAUUACAGACGUGGACGUGGUGGAUUCCGUGGAUCUAAUAGAGGUGGACCAAGUUAUCGUAAGAACGAUGGUAAAGGAGGUAGUGGACGUUUCAACAAUGGUGGAAAACAUUACUACAAUCAAAAACGUUACAAUACCAACAAGGCCCAAGCUGUUGAGACUAAAUAA